GGCCCCGCCGCCCCGGGGCGCCACCGGAACGACGCGGUCCCGCGCGGCGCGAGGAGGAGCCAUGGGCAAGUGCAGCGGGCGCUGCACACUGGUCGCCUUCUGCUGCCUGCAGCUGGUGGCUGCACUCCAGCGGCAGAUCUUCGAUUUCCUGGGCUACCAGUGGGCCCCCAUCCUGGCUAACUUCCUACACAUCAUGGCUGUCAUCCUGGGCAUCUUUGGCACCGUGCAGUACCGGUCCCGGUAUCUCAUCCUGUAUGCAGCCUGGUUGGUCCUCUGGGUGGGCUGGAACGCGUUCAUCAUCUGCUUCUACCUGGAGGUUGGACAGCUCUCCCAGGACCGGGACUUCAUCAUGACCUUCAACACAUCCCUGCAUCGCUCCUGGUGGAUGGAGAAUGGGCCAGGCUGCCUGGUGACUCCUGUUCUGAAUUCCCGCCUGGCCCUGGAGGACCACCAUGUCAUAUCGGUCACUGGAUGCCUGCUUGAUUAUCCUUACAUCGAAGCCCUCAGCAGUGCUCUGCAGAUCUUCCUAGCUCUGUUCGGCUUCGUGUUUGCCUGUUAUGUGAGCAAAGUGUUCCUGGAAGAGGAGGACAGCUUUGACUUCAUCGGUGGCUUUGACUCCUAUGGGUACCAGGCGCCUCAGAAGACGUCGCAUUUACAGCUGCAGCCUCUGUACACGUCGGGGUAGCUUCUGCCCAGCACCCACCCUCUUACAGUGCCCAGGGCAGUUGGAGAAGGAAGCAGCUCUGUCCCGCAGCUCGGAUCACGAUGAGCAGGCGCGCCCCCUGGCGGCGCAUAAGCUGACUGCAGCUUGUGCGGCCUGGAUCUGCAGCUCCUGAAGCAAAUGUGGACUCAAAUUUGAACUCGGACUUGACCCUGGCUCUAACUUGGCCCUUAGCAGCUGGACUU